AUGGCGACUUCAGACAGAACGGAGGCUCCCCUCACCCGCACCGACAUGCAGGACUUCCUGGCAGACUUCAAAUGGUCAGUUGCUGAGGAACUAGAGAGGAAACUAAGCCCGAUUAUGGAGGCCAUGGCAGACCUCACAGCUAGAACACAGGCCACAGAAACCAAGAUGGAGGGAGUACAAGAGUCUGUGCACGCGCACACUGAGGAACUGCAGGACCUCAGGGACCAACUCCGCAUACUGGAAGACUCAAACGAGGACCUGAACAAGCGAACACGCUGGCACAAUAUCCGGGUAAGGGGACUCCCAGAAACAGUGUCCACCGAUCUGCUUCCAGACACACUUACCAGGGUGUUCCAAUACCUCCUGCCAGACGCCACAAUGACAGACCUCCUGAUGGAACGCGCACACCACGCACUGAGAGCACCCAGCGCCAACACGGGACGUUAUAGUUCAGCUACACUUCUACCAUAUUAA